AGGAGAGAGUGCUGUUGGCUGCUGCUUCCCUUUCUAAGCUGAUUUACUUGCUUAAGGUCUGACCUCAUCAUCCUGUCAGUAUGGUCCCCCACCUCCUGUGGUGGGAGCAGCCUAAAAUCAUCAGCUGAAGCGCGUGGAAAUAGCACUGGGAUCGUGAGGCGCUGCUUCCUCCUGUUUGCAUUCAGCCUUCAGCCUGCGAGAGUGUGUGAAGAGAGAGAGAGAGAGAGAGAGAGAGAGAACGCAUCAUGCAUGUGCAUUAACCGAGCUGCAGGAGCAGCAGAGUGAGCGAGAAGCAGUGGAAUUGUGUUGAGUGCAAGCCCAGGCAUACACAAGAGCAGCAGAGAUUGUUCUUUUCUCCUCCACAUAUAAAGAACAGAGAGAGGGAAGAGAGAAAGAGAGAGAGGGGGGAGAAAGAGAGAAGGAGAGUGCAAGUGAGUGAAAGAAAGGCGCUCAUUGCCUUCUCUAUUGUUUGUGGAAUUCAACGUACCUUCAUUACACAAGGAGAAGAGGAUGUCGGUGUCGGGGAAGAAGGAGUUUGACGUGAAACAGAUCCUCAGGCUGCGCUGGCGCUGGUUCAGUCACUCCUCCCAGAGUUCGGCCGGCAGCGGGAGCUACAUCCAGCAGGAGGGCUUUGAUCACCGGGGCAACCCGGCCCAGAACAGGUUAAAGAGUCAUUCACGGGACAGGAGUGGGCUUCGCAAGAGCAACAGCCCUGUGCACAGCAUUUUGGCGCCGACCCCGGGACCCACGCCAGUCUACGCCAGAACGGGUCAUCAAUCAUGGCACCAGCAGAACCUCAUCCCACACCUGCAGUCCAGCGAGGAGCUGCCUAAAACCGGCUCCCCCGAGAGCGCAGGAAAGGAGGACUCAAAGAGAAGCCAGGAGGAUGUGAAGAGCCACCCGGAGGACCCCUUAGAAGUGGAAGCGAGGGAAAGGUUGUCUCUAAGUACCUACUCUAGGAUGAACUCCCAUUGCUCGGACGAGUUUUUCCAAGCUAUAAACCAUGCAGAGCAGACCUUUCGUAAGAUGGAAAACUAUCUCCAGCACAAGCAACUGUGUGAUGUACUACUGAUUGCUGGGGACCACAAGAUCCCUGCCCACAGGCUUGUGCUGAGUGCAGUUUCAGACUACUUUGCCGCAAUGUUCACCAAUGAUGUGCGGGAGGCCAAGCAAGAGGAGAUCAAGAUGGAAGGUGUGGAUCCAGAGGCGCUGAGAUCGCUGGUUCAUUAUGCGUACACUGGUGUACUGGAACUAAAGGAGGAGACCAUUGAGAGUCUGCUGGCAGCUGCAUGCCUUCUCCAACUCUCUCAGGUCAUCGAGGUGUGCUGCAACUUCCUCAUGAAGCAGCUCCACCCUUCCAACUGCUUGGGAAUCCGCUCCUUCGCUGACGCCCAAGGGUGCAUGGACCUGCUGAAUGUGGCCCACAGCUAUACCAUGGAGCACUUCCUUGAAGUCAUCCAGAACCAGGAGUUCCUGCUUCUCCCCACAGCUGAGAUUGUGAAGCUCCUGGCUAGCGACGACAUCAAUGUGCCAGACGAGGAGACCAUUUUCCAGGCCUUGAUGAUGUGGGUGCGGCACGAUGUCCAGCACCGACAGCAAGAUCUGGGCAUCUUGCUAGCUUACAUCCGUCUGCCUCUCCUGCCACCACAGCUUCUUGCUGAUCUUGAAAAUAAUAAGAUGUUUUCCGAUGACCUGGAGUGUCAGAAGCUUCUUAUGGAAGCCAUGAAGUACCACCUGUUGCCAGAACGUCGUCCCAUGCUCCAAAGCCCCAGGACCAAGCCCCGGAAGUCCACCGUUGGUGCGCUCUACGCAGUGGGUGGCAUGGAUGCCACCAAAGGUUCAACUACAAUUGAAAAGUAUGACCUGCGCACAAACAGGUGGAUACAGGUUGGCAUCAUGAAUGGGCGGCGGCUACAGUUUGGAGUGGCGGUGAUUGACAACAAGCUUUAUGUGGUGGGGGGCAGGGAUGGCCUCAAGACAUCCAACAUGGUGGAGUGCUAUAACACAAUAACCAAAGUAUGGUCAACAAUGCCCCCCAUGUCAACCCACAGACAUGGACUAGGGAUCGCUGUGCUGGAAGGACCCAUGUAUGCUGUGGGGGGCCAUGAUGGAUGGAGCUAUCUGAACACGGUGGAGAGGUGGGACCCCCAGGCACGACAGUGGAACUACGUGGCCAGCAUGUCCACUCCCCGGAGCACCGUGGGAGUUGCGUCACUUAACGGAAAAUUGUUUGCAGUCGGAGGUCGAGAUGGAAGCUCUUGCCUGCGGUCCAUGGAGUGCUUCGAUCCGCACACCAACAAAUGGAGCAUGUGCGCCCCCAUGACCAAAAGGCGAGGAGGAGUGGGUGUUGCCACGUACAACAGCUUCCUCUAUGCAGUGGGCGGCCAUGAUGCCCCAGCAUCCAACCACUGCUCGCGGCUCUCUGACUGCGUAGAGAGGUAUGACCCAAAAACAGACACGUGGACCACUGUGUCCUCUCUCAGCGUGCCACGGGACGCGGUGGGAGUCUGUCUUCUGGGUGACAGGCUGUAUGCUGUCGGGGGAUAUGAUGGCCAGUCCUACCUGAACAGCGUGGAGUCUUAUGAUGCACAGAACAAUGAGUGGACUGAGGAGGUGGCUCUGAACAUUGGCAGAGCUGGUGCCUGUGUCGUGGUUGUAAAGUUGCCUUGAAGACGCCAUUCUGCUGAAUAUUCUGUGCCAAUAUUGUGGCCUCUGAUGUCACUAAUUGUUCUACUAAUGUUACACCACUUUCAAGAUCUACAUCUGAAUCACAUUCCACACCAGGCACUGUUUCACAGCACUGGGGCCCAGGCCAACUCACAACACCCUGGAUUUUUCAGUUAAAUAAUGAACUUACAAUGACAGAAAACUGGAGUAGACCUGAAGUAUUUCUGAUGUUGAUGAUAAUGAUGAUAAUGAUGAUUAUUAUUGUUAUUAUUAUGGUAACACAUUUCCGCAGUAUGAACGGUCUCAAUUCCAUGAAACCUCAGCUUAGCUUAAAAAUGUACAGGUAAACAGAGAUGACCAAUUCAUCAUACUUUUCCAUUGUUGAAAAAUGUGUUCCCAAUUUCUAAACCUUGUACAUAAAUUCUGGACUGAAAUAGGAUUUUCCCUUUGACUGAAAAGAACUCAAGGUAUUAAAAUAAACUGUAUUUAAAUAAACUGAAUGUGUAUGACAGUGGUUAAAAUGGAAGGGAACUCAUUUCAAUCACAUACAAAUUGUAUACAAAGAGGAAAACUUGCAUUCAACACUGAAAACUAAAUGGACAGAAAACAAUGGACUUGAACGGAUUAAAACCGAUACAGUAAUGGUUCCAUGAAAAAGUUUCAAAUUCAAAUGAUUUAUCCGUCAUCAACACAGACUGCUUAAAGUGUUGUUAUUCCCUGCCCAUAGCCACUUUCAAACAGAAUGUAAUUAGACAGGUAAAAACAUCUCUUCUGUUGUAGGCUUUCUGUGACAAAUGUCUUUCUUACUGUUGGACGGUCUCAAGGAACACUGUGAAUAUAUAUAUUUUUUGUGCUUGCUGCAAAAACGGAGUAGUUUUACUGAAAGCCAUUUCAGUUAAAAAAUGACUCAUGCACAUGUCUUUUGAAAACAGUUUCUGUUUGUGAAAAUAUUCGAUAUUUAUUGUUACUGGAAUAAAAUGAAAAUAAAAACACUUCAAGAACUAUUUUAUCAGAGAGAAUUACUGGAACUUUCAUAUGAGUUCUUGAAAAUAAACUGUUUUCAAAGCUUUUAGCUGAAUCAUGCCAAAGUCAUUAGCACGUAAAUGUCAGAAGUCUUGUCUGUCAGAGCAAAUAAAAAGUUUACAUAAUAGUGAAUCUACAGAUAUAUCAUAUUGAUAUUUCACAUAACUGUAAAGGUUUUUGCAAGUUUGCCAAUGAUUGCUGCCAUGUAUAUAAUUCCAUUCUUAAACAAGUGUAUAUAAGAGUUUUUUGGCAUGAUACCUGGGUUUACAUUGGUGGAUACUUGUAUGUUAUAUUUUCAUGGUUCAGCUGAAUGAUACUGCUUGUCACUUAACAAUGUUAUAUAUUCAUACUCUGGGUGUUGCAUAUGAAAUGUGCCAAAUUGAUCAUUUACUGCCAUAAAUGGAGACCAUGGAUCAGGCAGAAUUGUUAAAUCAUGUUCAGAUAUUUUACAAAUGUAAUUUGGCUUUUCCAAGCAUAACAGCAGCCUUCAAAGUUGAAUAUACAGUAUAUCAACCAGAAACAGACUUUUAAGAGGGUAAAGGUAUUUAUACUUGUAAUGCUGAAAAUGCUUUAGGCAAAACUUUGAUUUUUUUCAGGAUUUUAUAUGGCAUGCAGAUCUAGAAAUAAAUUGAUUUUGUUCUCUA